UACACAGACUGAGUCACAGGCAGGAAGAAGGGAUAAUAAUGGUAAUUUAAUAGUUGGUUUAAAACCAGGAAGUCUAGUCAUCUAAACGUGACAGGUAGAACGGCGGUGAAGGCGCACGCUCGUGUUUAUCAUGGGAACUUUUAAGUGUUUCGUCGGAGCAUUGAUCUUUACCUGCCUGGUGACUAUUUGCUCUACAUCAAUAGAAAAUGGAGGCGGGAAUAUCGUCUGCUAUUACCACAACACGUCAUACUUCCCGCCAAGUGAAGUUCCUUAUCGGCUGUGCACGCACGUCAUCUAUGCGUUCGGGAGUAUAUCUAACGACACGAUCGUCCCCGAAAAGCCCGGAGACUUGGCCAUCUACGAUGUUCUAGUGGGCUUCAAAAAAUGGAACCCCAAACUGAAGGUGUUGCUGAGUCUGCAGCAUGGGUUCCCUAGCGUGGUUACAGACACGGACACAAUGAAGAGAUUUGCGACCAAUGCAAUUGGAUUUUUACGACAUUAUCACUUUGAUGGUGUCGAUUUUGAUUGGGAAUUCCCCAAACUCUCACAAAAAUCAAAAUUUAUGCAAUUUAUCCAGAUAUUUCGAGACAUGUCUUCUCGUGAUGCCAAACUCCGUAGCGCGGACCUUCUUCUGAUUUCGAUGGCUUUGGGUAACAACAAAUACCAAGCAUCCACCUUAUACGACUACACCAUACUUAACAAAAAUAUCGACUUUGCUACAAUAAUGGCUUACGAUUUCCACAUGUACAUACCAAACGUGGACAACAUCACCGGCUACAACAGCGCACUAGUGGCUCCUAAAGGAGAGAGUCCAUAUUAUUCAACAUCUGGCCUUGUGAAGGUGUAUCUGGCACUGGGUCUAGCUCCAGAAAAAACCUUGGUUGGUAUUCCAACAUACGGGCGGUCUUACACCCUGGCCAAUGCGAAACAACAUGGACUUCACGCCCCGGCGGUCGCAAAAGGCGAUCCGGGUCCGGUCAGGCGACUCAGAGGAGUUUACACGUACACCGAUAGCUGCGCAGCUUUAAAACUUGGCGCCGUCUCGGUGUGGGAUUCAACUUCCGGGGUUCCUUACCUGUACAAAGGAAAGACAUGGGUUUCUUACGCCAACGAGAAAAGUGUUGCAGAAAAGGUUCGCUGGGCUGUGUCUAAGGGACUCGGUGGUGUCGGUGUUUGGGCGACCCAUCUAGAUGACCUAACCGGGGAAUGCCCUGGUCCCAAACUGCCUCUUAUCAAUGCCAUCCACUCAGCUAUGAAAUCCACCAGCAACCAUGAACUAUAAUACUGACUCAUUGUCAAUGCCAUCAAUUCAGCAAUGAAGUUCGCCAGGAACCAGUAAUAAUGAGUCAGGUAUAUCGUUCAACUAUAUUCCUGACUCAUUGUCAAUGCCAUCCAUUAAGCAAUGAAGUUGGCCAGGAACCAUGUAGUAUAUUAUUGACUCAUUGUCAAUGCUAUCCAUUCAGCAAUGAAGGUCGCCAGGAACUAGGAACUAUAUUUCUGACUCGUUAUCACUGCUAUCCAUUCAACAAUGAAGUUCACCAGGAACCAUGUACUAUAAUUACUAUAUUAUCAUCUACAAGGGAAUGGGGUUUGUGUCAGGGUGGAGGGGAUGCUAACAAUGAAGUUCACCAGGAACCAUGUACUAUAAUUACUAUAUUAUCAUCUACAAGGGAAUAGGGUUUGUGUCAGGGUGGAGGGGAGGCUAACAAUGAAGUUCACCAGGAACCAUGUACUAUAAUUACUAUAUUAUCAUCUACAAGGGAAUGGGGUUUGUGUCAGGGUGGAAGGGAUGCUAACAAUGAAGUUCACCAGGAACCAUGUACUAUAAUUACUAUAUUAUCAUUUACAAGGGAAUGGGGUUUGUGUCAGGGUGGAGAGGGGAUAAGCCAUGAAGUUCGCCAGGAAUCAUGUACUGUAUUAGUGACUCAAUUAUCAUCGACAAGGGAAUGGGGGGGAUGUCAGGUUGGGGGAGGGGUAUGUAAAUUGUUUGGUUUGGUGUUUUACAAAUAUGUCAUAAAUCUUCCUAAAGGGAAGUAGAUUUUGAAAAUUUAAAAUAAACAAAUAAACACAUUUUAAUUUACGUUUUCGCCCACAAAGUCAUUUAUUAACAAAGGGUUAGAAAUCUCAUAGAACUAAGUUAUAGCCAUUCUUGCUGAUGUGUGCAAAUUAAACAAUUUUAAAAGACUAUCCAAUACAAAUACAUUUGUCAAAUAAUCAGAAAUAUAUUCAAUAUAUACACUGUUUCAUACACUUCUUUUUAGUGGACAGCUUUCGUUUGUGCUUUCUGGCUUUCACCGGAAUAAACUCAAUUCGAUAUGACUCCUGUUGUGUCGGGUUACUGUUGACGUACAUGUACUGGCGUAGGAAGCGGAGGAGGGGGCAAGGGGGCAUGUCCCCCACUUUGUAGUAGCGGCGGUGGAUUAUAUAUAUUUAUACAUGUAUUUAUAUAUAUGUGUGUGUGUGUGUGUGUGUGUGUGUGUGUGUGUGUGUGUGUGUGCCCCUCCCUACACUUUUUGGCACCUUCCUACAUCCGUGCGUACAUGUAACAUGGCAUCUGUCGCAACAUGUAGCUGGUGGGCGCCAGUACGUCACUGCGUGUUCGUAUAUCUGUCGCUGUCUAUUAGUGUUCGUCACAGCUUGUGUAAUCGUAUACGUUAAGCGUGAUAUUCGUGUACGUCGCCAUCGAUUUCGUCAGCUGGGCGAACUGUUGAACCUUCUGAUGAAAAAAAAAGAGUAAAAGUAAAGAUAUAUAUAUAUAUAUAUAUAUAUAUAUAUAUAUAUAUAUAUAUAUAUAUAUAUAUAUAUAUAUAUAUACACAUGUAUAUAUAUUUGUUUGUGGUACAUUAAUACAAAUUUAUUUGAAAAUGCCACGUGGUAAUCAUUCGAACCCAUAAAACCUUUGAAUUAUUACUUCGUAGCAUUUUCAAAUAAAUUUGUACUAAUGUACCACAAACAAAUUAAAUUGGUUUACGAAUGUCCUCGUGUAUAACAAAAUAUAGCAUCCAACAUGUCGCUUUAAUAAAACGUGUAAUGCAUUA